CGACAGAUAAACAACUUUCGACCGCCGUUUUUUCGAAAGGCAUGGAAUUUAAUACGAAACACCGAAAAUUAUCAAAAACUAAAAAUUCUGCCCGUACUCCUACAUCCGCGAAACCUCGGUUAACUAAAAAGAAGACUGUAGUUCGAAAACGAAAAUGCGUGUGUCUGCCUGAAAAUUAUUCGGUAGUUGAGUUUCCGUCGAUAUGGAAUGAAUUGCGACAAAACGGCCAACUUUGUGAUGGUACGAUCGUAUGUCGGGAUAUGAAAUCUAUUCGAGUGCAUCGGGCUAUAUUAUCAGCUGUUAGUCCAUAUUUCAAAGCAAUUUUUAUAAAUUCUUUGAAGAAAGGAGAGCCUGAGGAAAAGCAGAUUUUUGUUGAUGUUCCAAGUUACUACAUGAAUCUGAUUCUUGAUUACGCUUACACCGGGACGUGCAUAGUAACUGCUGAAAAUGUGGAAUAUCUGCUGCCCUAUGCUGACCAAUUCGAUGUGGUAGGAGUGAUACAACUGUGCUGUCAAUAUUUGUUGCAAGAAUUGAGACCACACAAUUGUCUUGGAAUAUUUAAGUUUGCAAGGUAUUAUUUCUGUGGAGAGUUGGAAAAGAAAGGAAAAUUAUAUAUAAGACAAAAUUUUAGUAAAAUACUUAAGGAAUGUAAUGAAUUUAAAUCUCUUACCUAUGAAGAAUUAGAAGAUAUUCUAAGAGAUGACGAAUUGAAUGUCAGAAAUGAAGAAACAGUAUUCCAAGCAGUUAAAACAUGGGUAGAAUAUGACCUUGAAAACAGGAGGAGAUUUAUACCUUCAUUAUUAUCUUGCGUACGAUUUGGUCACGUCAGUUACAAAUAUUUUAAAUCAAAAAUACUUCAGUGGCAGCCUGUAGUCGACGAUACGAAAACUCAAGAAGCCUUAUACCCAGCAGUCGUGUUUCAUACUUUACUAGAUUCAAGACCUGGGACUGAAGCUGAUCUCAACGAUCCGUUAGCUAGACCUCGGAUACCAUACGAAAUACUAUUUGCGGUAGGAGGAUGGAGUGCCGGAAGUCCCACCAGUUUUGUUGAAACUUAUGAUACUAGGGCAGACCGGUGGUUCCUCUCCAUUCACAUGGAUUUAACGCCUCGCGCCUACCACGGGUUGUGCACGCUUAACAACUUAAUUUAUAUGAUCGGAGGGUUUGACGGCAGCGAUCACUUCAACACCGUGAGAUGUUACGAUCCCGUCGCUAACACGUGGCACGAAAGAGCGUGUAUGUAUCAAGCAAGGUGCUACGUUAGCGUUGUUGUCCAUGAAGGGUUGAUCUACGCAUUGGGUGGUUACAAUGGUCGCACGCGCAUGUCUUCUGUGGAGCGAUAUUACCCCAACAAAAACCAGUGGGAGAUGACCACACCGAUGAACAAGCCGCGAUCAGACGCCAGCGCCGCCUCAUUGGGGGGCAAAAUCUACAUAGUGGGUGGUUUCAACGGGCAAGAAGUGCUGGGUUCAGCGGAGGUAUUUGACGCUGACACGAAGCAGUGGAGUUUUAUCAGGUCAAUGCUGAGUCCUCGAUCCGGGGUCAGUCUCAUCGCGUACAGGGACUGUUUGUACGCGCUCGGUGGCUUCAACGGAUACAGCCGACUCAACACAGGUGAAAAAUUCAAUCCGCAUCGCGGUGGAGAAUGGCAAGAGGUAACGGAAAUGUUCAGCGCCCGGAGUAACUUCGCCACAGUGCUUCUGGAUGAUAUGAUAUUCGUGAUUGGAGGAUUCAAUGGGUCCACCACAAUACCUCACGUGGAAUGCUACGAUGGCGACACCCUAGAAUGGUAUGACGCUGCGCCGAUGAACCUCAACCGUUCAGCUUUGAGUGCGUGCGUACUAUCAGGAUUACCAAACGCGCGCUCAUUCUCAUAUCUCGCUAAAGCGGUGCCGGCCGCUGGGGCUGACCAAGCACACCAUUCAUAAAACAAACAACUAACCCUCCCACACAAUAAAGCAAAAGAAGUCACCGAUCUACCAUUUUGGGCUAUAUUCCCUUGAGCUCGUUGGAAGAAAUUUGUUGUAUUACCUUAAAAUUGUCGAGAUCUGGCGCAAGCAAUUUUAUUGCCUAGAGUGGUAGAGCAUUAUCAUCUUCAACAGUGACGUAUACAAACCACUUGCUCGUUACCAUCUUAGAUCCUUCGCUAUCACCUGCUGGCGUUGUUACUUUAUCAAAUGGUUUUACUUAUAACGACUACUUACUCAUUGCUAAUCUUGUAUAUAAAAUUAAGGCCUGCUAUGUUGCAACUUGCGGAGUAACAUCUAAAAAUAUUAAUGAAAUUUUGUUAGAAUGUGUUCUUAUAAAUUUUCUACUGAAUAGUGUGAUGAGGUUCCGUAAGCGAAUUCGAAGAAAAUUUUAAAACUUUGAAUUUUUCUCAGUCUAUUUCAUUGAUUAAAAAAUAUGUUCCAGGAUCUAGUUAUUAGUCCCAGAUAGAUCUAUACGCACAUUACAAGCGAGGCAAAUCCUCUACCUAUAUGGCAAUUGUCCCAUGGGCGAAAUAUCUGUGAUAUUUUCUUUGUAAAUAGUUUGUUUAAAUCUAUUUUUAUGUAUCGUACUUAAAUCAUGAUUAUUAUAAUGUACAGAUCUCGUUAAUCACUGAUCAUUUGUACCUUCAUUUUAUUUUGUAGCGUGGCGUUUGUGCCACAGUGAGAGCACAUUGAAUUAUAUUAGAUUAUAUCGAUCAUUUUGAAGCGAAGGAUUUGUAAAUUUUCAAGUCUUUUUUUAUUUGUAUAGUGGAGUUUGUGACAAAUUUAUUUUGGUACUUUUGUGUAUAGUUCGCGACCGAUGCAAAUCAGCGGCCGCGUUUUGGAUGUUAUGUACGAUGAUAAAUAUGUUGCGGUAUUCCCCUAACAACCGUGACGUUGUUGCAUCUGUGAUAUUUUCAAUUAUUAAUAUUAAUGUGGAUAAAAAUUACAAAAAAUGUAAAAUAGAAUUUUUGAAGAAAAAUUUACUGUACCUCAUUGAAAGAUUGAUAAAUUCACAAAUAAAGAAAAACAACC